CACCACCACCACCACCACCACCAUCACCACCUUCUUUACCUUACUUUAAAGCACUUUAUCUUAGGUGCUUACUUCCUUAGUUGUAACCACUCGGUCGCUCCCGCGCUCCUUCCGCUGCCUUAGCUUACGAUUUCAACAUUUUGAGGCAGUGACCUUCCCGUCCACCGUUUCCUCGUUCCUGUCUCAUUCCAAGUGUGGCUUUGGACCGAUCUGAGGUUCUUGUCGACUGCAACUAUUGACGGGAAACACACCUCUCCGACUGCUCAAGACCUCAAGACCUCAACAUCCUCCUCCUCCUACUGCUACUAUCGUUGUUAUUGUUUUUCUACUCUCUCUUUAUUCCUCGGACAACAUCUUCAAUAUGGAUGAAAAAAAGCCGCAAUUGAGGCGCUCCGACAGCAUCGACCGGCGAUUCGCCGACGUCCUAGCCAAUGCCCAGAAGCAGUACAACUCCAAGGGGAUUGAUCUCACGGCUUACAUGAACCCACCCAUCAAAUCCACCGAGGACCUCAUGAACAUCAUUGCCGACCAGAAUAAAUCCUUCCAAAGCUUCCGCGACAAACGCAAACGCCUAUUUGAAUAUCUGUCGGCCGCCUGCAAACCCCUCGAGAUUGCUGGCGAAGCUUUAGCAGGUGCAGCCGAAGAUGUUUUCCCACCGGGCCAGACCAUUUUCGCCGUCGUCGCGUACCUCAUCAACACCGCCCGAGGUGUUUCGGACGUUUACGAUACCAUAACCACAUUAUUCGAACAGUUGAAGGACUUCACUGUCAGACUCAAAUUUUAUGUCUCCCAGGAGUUGUCGCCCGAGCUCCAGGACAAGCUCGCCGAGAUUCUCGUCAGCGUCUUCGACAUAUUUGUCAUCGCUGCACACGAGGCAAAAACAGGCCGUCUCAAACGCUAUGUCAAAAAUAUAUUCGGCAAGGGAAGCAAUGUCCCUGAUGCCAUGACGAAGCUGGUUUCGCUGACCGAGGGCGAAGAGCGCCUGGCCAUCGCAGAAACCAGUGCCGGCGUCAAACGAUCCCUUUCAAAUGAGCAGAAGCUUCUGGAAAUGAUGUCGAGAGUCGAUGUCAACGUUCAGACCUUGCGCAACGAGACUCGCGUGCCCCAAAGUCAGACAAGAGAGCAAGCUCUCUCUUCCAACAGAGACAAGCUCAAAAAGAUUCUCCAACCCUCCGUUUACCCAUUAGAUUACUACACUGCUCUGGAAAGGACCCGCACCCCUGGCACCUGCGAAUGGAUUCUGAAAGACCCUGCUCUCCGAGCUUGGUUUGCUGGCGAUAUCCGUUUCCUCUGGAUUUCUGGAAACCCCGGCACAGGAAAGUCAUACCUAACAUCCCGUCUGGUCUCAUGGGGCCGAGAUCUGCUCGACGAGGAGCAAACCACUAGCAUGAUGGGAUACUUCUUCUUCCGCCAGAACAACCCGGAAUCUAGAUCCGUGGUCCAGGCUAUCAAAGACAUGGCAUACCAAGUCAGUGAGCAAGACGUCUUUUACGGCAAACAGCUCGUCCAGAACAUCGCUUCUAGCGAUGAAAUCAAGACAGUCUCAAGCGCUUUCAGAAGAUUGCUCGAAGACCCCUGCAAGCCUGACAAAUGGAAGAGGCACAUCUAUCUUCUUGUGGACGGCCUAGAUGAAGCCGAGCCCAGAGAAGUCACAGAGUUCUUAGCAUUGUUGGGCGACCUGGACAAGCAACAAUCGACAGGAACAAGGGUGCAGGUUGCCUUGAUUGGACGAAAUACUCUCACGGAGGAGGUCCAGGGAUCGAUGGGAGAUGAAACUAUCAGCAGAUCACUUCUUGUCACACCCGACCGGAACGGGCACGACAUUGAGUCCUAUAUCAAGGAGGGAGUUAACCGUUCUCGCAUUCUUCGACGCUCCACACAAAAAGAAAAGGACACAAUCAUCGAUGCCAUGACCAAACAAGUCGACAGUCUUUUCAUCCUGGCCAAGUUCAUGUUGACUGAAGUCAACAGAAACAGGCACCUGACAGACAUUGCGAAAAGCUUGAGGACCUACCCCAAGGAGAUGAAUGGAAUGUUGACAAAGGCCGUAAAAGACUUCAGCAGAACCUUUACUCAAAGAGAUGCAGACGAUUUGAACGAGAUUUUGCGCUGGGUCUCGGUUGCCGAGAUGGGCUUGACUCUCCAGCAAAUCGAGUCUUUUCUGGCCCUUAAGAUGGGAGACGCCCCGCUGGACCUUGAAGGAUUACUGAGAGGCAAACUCUCCUGCUUCUUCACACUUGAGCGGGAAGACGGGCUCUCGACAGCUGAUCUUAUUGAAAAGCACGAGAAAGCCCGUCAUUUGGACAAACUGGACUUCACCGACACAGAUAUGAACAUUCAGUAUGAUUCAAAAAAGAGCACUACAUAUGUCAACUUCUUCCAUGAUUCAGUCAAGGAGUUCUUCCGAGGAGACUCGUCAACGAAUCUCAAGGCAGAUGGCGCACAUUGCCCAUCCAUCGGGUUCCAUCUUGCCGACGCGAGACUGCACGUUCUCAAGACCUGUUUGCGAGUCUUCACUGACCCGACAUACGUCACUCUCGGCGAGGAUGGGCUUUCUGCGCAAAGGUAUGCUGCCUGGUACUGGCAAGAGCACUUGGACUACAUCGAGAUCACUACCAUCUCCAAAGCUGAGAAGACCGACAUUGGCAAACGCCUCUAUACCAUGCUUACUGACCCGGACAUCCUUCUCACCUGGACAAACCUAUUCGAGGAAAGUCUAGACAUCUGGACUGACCGCAACAUCGAAAUUGUUUCCCAGUGGCUGAGAGAUGCCGAUGUUACAAGCGCUCUGACUCCAGAGCAGAAGAAGUGGACCAAGUCGGCGACAGAAAGCCCUGCAAAAUUGCUUGAACCCAUGGGGAGAACAUUCGCCGAGGCUUGGCUUGGGGAAGGGUCUCGAGUAUACAUGACGACGUUGUUCUGUUUCGGUGUUGUCCAGUCACUACCGCUGUUGGAAAGGGGCAAAAAAUGGUCCGAUUCCGAAUAUCACUGGCAGGAGGUGCCGCUGGAAACGAGGAUCAAGCAGGCCGCCGACUGGGCGAAACAGCCCGAAACGGGACAUUGGCUCCGGAGAAUCGGCAGUACUCUCUUAAACUUGGGAGAGCACACCAAAGCAUUGGAAUACUUUAACAAUGCUUUCAAGAAAGAUGGCAACAAGGCGGAAAGCUUCGGCCGAAUGGGGCUUUGCCACGGCCUGCAUGGCAACUAUGAAGUGGCUCUGAAAUUGCACCAUGAAUGCGAAUCGUUGGAGAAGACGCGAAUGGCCGAGAACUUUUACAAGACCGACCAGGAGAUCAAAGGUGCCAAAUGGAGACUUUACAGGAACCAAGCUCAAAUUGCGGAGUGCUACAACCGUAUCGGCCGCAUAAACGAAGCGAUUGAGUAUUGCCGUAAGGCAAGGGACAACGUCUAUGGCGCCCCCGAGUUUGAAGCCGAAAUCGCCCAUAUCAGGGUUCUUACCGAGAACAACCGGCUUCCAGAGUUGAUGAAGCUCUCUGAUGAAAUGGACAGCUUGUUUUGGGAUACGGAUAAAGGGAACUCUCGCUUCGUACAAUUCCUUCUGACCCAGAUCCCCGACCCAUCCAUCAAGGACUGGUUUCCGCAAGCGGCGGCUCGCGCAGAUCCAAGGAAGACAGGUGACUUGGCAGAACGCUAUCGCAGUGCCAUUCAAUCCGCGCAAGAAGACCAAGAUUCUUGGAAAGAGUUUUAUCUACAGAAUGCACUCGGCAACAUCUUUUUGGCGGCGCAAGACUACACUACUCUUAUUCCUAUCCAUGAAAAGAUUUGCUUCCACGAUUACAAAGCAAGAGGCAGCCUGCCUUUUCGGAUCGAGUACAUCGCUUCAUUCAAGCAGCUCACCAGAGCAUACUUCAUCAAAGCGCUGGAAGCUGACCAGACAUUGUUAUCCAAAGCCAGUGGGAAAGCCAGUGGGGAAUGGAUCAAAAAGCUAGAGGUGCUCAUGCAACAGCAGCAGAAGUACCAGAACAAGAAUGUUCCAUUGCACAUGGCUGGUUUCGACUUCAACGAGCCAUCCAUCUUCCUGAUCCUGCUAUACCGUCUGUGCAACAGAGUAGCCGAAUCACGCAAGCUGGUCCAAGGUCUUGUCAUUGAAUGCCUGAAACUCUUGGAGGACGAGGAGCCUCAGAAUGACGAGAUUAGUAUCCGCCACCUUCAGCGGUGUCUCCUUGCUGCUGGAGACAGAGUCAAUGCCCAAGCGCUAUGGCAGUCGACAAGAACCCCGUCACUGUCUGCUAACCUUUCCGGUCAUCUGAAGGCUGACCGAAGACGAUCGAGCUCGCCCAAGAUUGGGGGGCUGUCACCUAGGAUGUCGUUGUCACCCAGCAGACGCAGCAAGCAAAUUUUCCUCACCAAGAUGUUCUCAGAAGAUGACGAUGUAUCUUGCGACUACUGCCUCAAGAGAUUUGAGCCGUCUGAAGAGUUUGCAGUGUGUUCGUACUGCAUCGACUUGAAAUUUUGCAUGACCUGCUUAGACAUUGUCAAGAGUCAGAAGUUCGAGCCAGGUCACACUUUGGUGUGUAAGCCUAGCCACAACUGGCUCAUCGUGCCGCCCUUGACAGUCAAUCUUCAGGCGAGUGAGAUUUUGGUUGAUGGACAGGUACUCAAGCUGGAGGAGUGGAAGUCAAAGCUACGACAGGAGUGGGUGCAGACUGAGCCGGCCAAGACAGGAAAUGGGCUUGGAUUAAAGUGGAAGUAGACCACGGAGAUGUGACUGGGUCAUUGGAUGUAGCGUGGGUGGCAUCAUAUUAGUGUUAUGACGGCAGCUUUCUAUGCCGCCGGAGCGUUUGUUUCUUUACGCUUAGAUGUAUUUUAAUGAUAGCGUAGUGGUUAAUCGUUGCACUCAAAGCGCAACAUGCCCAGUAGCACUAGUUCCAAAGCAUCCAACUCUCCA